AAAUUCCCGUCGGUGGUUCCUCUUUGUUCAUCUUCUUCCUCAGCCCCCCACCCACUCCAACCACCCGCCCGCACUGAUACACUCAUUUCACUCUGCGAUACCAUAGCUCCAGAUUAUCAUUCAUUCAUUCUCAAGACAAACUAAGUUCUAGAGAGAGAGAGAGAGAUUAAUACUGAGCUCUCUUACUCUUUGGUCAUAGUAAUACAAGCUAAGAUGGGUGUAGAUGAAGAUGGAGCACUACCCACUACCACAUUUGCAGCUCAAAAGAGAGCCGGAACACUACCCACCGCAACCGGCCCCACCUCCAACGGCGGAGCCCGCGGCCGAGCUAGCUCUACUCCCUCACGCGGCCGGCAGAUCCAGCGGGCUUUCAACACCGUCAAGAUUACAAUCCUCUGCGGCUUCGUUACCAUCCUUGUCCUCCGCGGCACCAUCGGUUUCGGCAACCUCGCUUCUUCCCAGGUCUUAGCGGAGGCGGAGAACUUGAAUCUCAUUGCGGAAACUAACCGGAUAAUCGCCGAGAUCCGGUCGGACAGUGAGCUGGAGGAGGAGGAGGAGGGGGGAACUCUCGACACGAACCCUACCUUCAUAUUGGGGCCCAAAAUCAGUGAUUGGGAUGAACAGCGAAAGGAAUGGGUCCAGAGAAAUCCAGAAUUUCCGAUUACUGUGAAUGGAAAACCUCGGAUAUUGCUUGUUACUGGGUCUCCACCGGGCCCUUGCGAUAACCCGGUUGGGGAUCACUAUCUUUUGAAGGGUAUUAAGAACAAAAUUGAUUAUUCUAGGGUACAUGGGAUUGAGAUAAUGUAUAAUUUAGUUCAUUUGGACAGUGAAAUGACAGGCUACUGGGAGAAACUGCCCUUGAUUAGGAGGCUGAUGCUUUCUCAUCCUGAAAUCGAGUGGUUUUGGUGGAUGGAUAGUGAUGCUUUGUUCACUGACAUGACUUUCGAGAUCCCAUUGUCUAAGUAUGACAAUCAUAAUCUUGUUAUCCACGGCUACCCGGAUUUGUUGUUCGAUCAGAAAUCUUGGACUGCCUUGAGCACUGGUAGUUUUCUCAUUAGGAAUUGCCAGUGGUCACUAGAAUUGCUUGAUGCCUGGGCGGUGAUGGGGCAUAAAGGUCCUGUCCGCGAGGAGGCUGGGAAGAUUCUCACGGCUAAUUUGAAGGGUAGACCGGAUUUUGAAGCUGACGAUCAGUCAGCAUUGGUAUACUUACUCUUGUCAAAGAAGGAUAUGUGGAUGGACAAAGUGUUCAUCGAGAACUCUUACCAUUUGCACGGAUAUUGGGCAGGUUUGGUGGAUAAGUACGAGGAGAUGAUUGAGAAAUUCCAUCCUGGGUUUGGUGACGAUAGAUGGCCAUUUGUGACACAUUUUGUGGGAUGCAAGCCGUGCGAAAGCUAUGGAGAAUACUCUGCCGAAAGGUGCUUGAGAAGCAUGGAGAGAGCUUUCAAUUUUGCCGAUAAUCAAAUACUAAAGCUGUAUGGGUUUAUGCAUAAGGGAUUGCUGAGCCCGCACGUCAAGAGGAUCAGGAAUGAGACUGAUGCCCCACUGCAAAAUGUAGAUCAGUAUGAUUUACGACGAGCAAAGCAUCCAAGUAGAUUACUCAAUCCUCAACAGUCAUGAAUCUUGACAAAGCUCUGGUGGAGAAGACAAUUGAACCGGGGGAAUGGUUCCUUCUGCUUUAAUACCUUUUAGGGAAGCCGAACUAACAGACCACCAAAUUUUCUUUGGAAUAUGGCCUCCCAAAAUUCCGAAAUGCAAGUUUUCGUUAUUUUUACUUACUUUCAGCUGCAAUCUCAGCUACAUUGGAAGACAACCGAGAAUUCUGUUGUACCGGUGAUCUGUACGACUGUACUGAAGGAAUUGCUUGUACUCUUACAACUUCUCUACAUAGCACUAAGGUAUACUACCAAUAGUCUUAACCUCCCCGAGCCGAGGUGUUAAAAAAAGAAAGAAAGAAAGAGUGAUCAUGCUUGCAUAAUUGUGUUGUAAUUUUUUGUUCUUUCAUUGCUUCUCCCCUCCCUUUUUGUGGAAAGAUUCAUUCUUAGGUCAAAGACAUGUGAUCCAUAAGGUCAUUAUGAUGUGUUAUAUGGGCUAUAAGUUAUUUAUUUGUACUGUAAUUAUUUUCUCCAUUUCUUCUUGUAUGGUAAACCAUCACACACACUAUGGAGUAAUACUGUAAAAGUGUAUAGAUUCAUCAUUUCCUAUUGC